CCUCGGGUAGCUUUUGAACGCUACUGCUGUCGAACGCUGUGCCCUCGAAUCCUAAUUCCACCGUUUCACAAACAUCGUAACAAUAGUUGUCGGACCAAACUCUAUCCAUUAGCAUAUAUUUGCCGCAUUGCGAGCAAUCUACCACAUUCCUAAUGGUAAACCCGACCCAACCGUGCUCCUUCACAGGCAACGCAGAUCUCUACGGCAUCGGCAUCCGCAUCGGUCUCUACCUACAAUGGGUCACCACGCUUACGACAACGCUCUACGAGCCAAAAGAUGAGGAAAUUCUCCGCGUCAUCAAUCUCCUUAUCCAGUCGGCGGUAUUCAUGGGAUUGAUACUCCUGACAAGCCGGAACCAGAUCGAACCCGUUGAACCCGUCAUCUCCAUCUGGCUCAUUUUUGGCGCCCUUUCUAGCCUAAGCGGCAGCGGGAUGAACCCACUAGGCCACUUCUCUGGACUGUAUAGAGUGGCGUUGUAUACGGCUGUUGCUGGAUAUGCCUGCUGGUUCUGGUUCACUGGGCUUGAUGGGACGCUUCAGGGCCAGCAGUGCGAAACUGUCGCGUUCUUCGGUCGAGUGUCCAUCGCUGGUCGAUUCCGGACGUUUAACAAGAUCGCUUCAGCAUUCGGAGUGUGCAUUUGUGCGGUGUUCGUGGUUUUGACUGCAAGAGCGUUCUUCAGGCGUUACAAAGGUGUCCCUGAAGCGUCCAAACCUAAGCGGCAGAAAGUGUCGGUGGAGCUAUUCAUUGUGUCGACGGCUAUCAUCAUCAUCUCGGUAGUCGCGGUGGAGUAUCUUUUGCAGGCGAACGGGAUAACAGGAAUCAACCAGACGUUAUCAGUCGGACAGCUGAUUCCGCUUCUUGUUGGCGCGUUUAGUUUUGCGGAGAUCGUGUUCAGCGUCGUGAGAAAGAGAUUAUUUCGGAACGCGAGAUGCUGGGUUCUUUUCGGGCGUCAUCUUAGCUGAGCGUAAUGUGAGAGAAGGAUGAAUUCAAAGAGAGUCACGUGGCACCUCGAUUAUUCGUUUGAAGAAAGAGCAAGCGAGAGGUAUCCAACGGAGAUGGAACGAGGAGGCAGACGUGAGGAAAUGCCGCUUAGCUAGGCUAGCAGCAUUUCAUCAAGGCUUCCCGGAAUCCACUCUUUGCUCUUCGCAACAGUGACCGCAGGAGCCUCUUCAUCUACCAGUCGGGAGGCCGUCGAGGAAGGUUUGACACAUGGGUCGAUCUGUACAUUUGGAUGAUCUGUCUCGAUAGAUUUGAUAAUAGCAUCGACGGACCGAGGUUCCGUACAGUCGUAGAGAUAUGGAAUGGCUGCAACGUAAUUUCCGUAGUAGGGUAAAUUGUAACUCUGUAUGAGAGACCGGACAAC